AUGGAUCAGAUCAGCAAUGCCAUGUUUCCGGGAUGGCAGUUCGUUAAGGAUUCGAUGCGACUGGUAAAGCGUUGUACAAAACCGGAUCGUAAAGAGUACCAAAAAAUAGCAGUGGCGACAGCGAUCGGUUUUGCAAUCAUGGGAUUCAUCGGAUUUUUCGUUAAGCUUAUCCACAUUCCAAUAAACAACAUAAUCGUUGGUGCCUGA